AUGGGAAGGUCGGGCACAGCAUGCAAGCUGGUUUAUAUGCUUGAUUUUGGUCUUGCGCGUCAGUACCUAAACGCGAAAGGUGAAAUUCGCAGUCCACGAAGCGCUGCUGGCUUCCGGGGCACCGUACGUUAUGCUGCUGUUUCGGCACACAAAAAUAAGGAAAUGGGAAGACAAGAUGAUCUAUGGUCUUUGUUUUAUAUGUUAGUGGAGUUUUUGCAAGGUUCUCUACCAUGGAGAAAAAUUAAGGCAAGUUUAUGCUUCCAAAGUGUUUUUAUCCAGAAGAAUCGGAUUUCUACCCUAAGUUGCCAAAUCCGCUAUUGGAUUUCCUAA